UCCAAUCCUCAGCAAUGUUUGGUAACUCGCGUAAAAUCCGGAAAAAGUUUAUUCGUAUCAUAAAUUCCGGCAUUUAUAUUUUUUGGAACUCUUCUUUGAAAAAAGAAUAAGAAUUCACAGAUGUAAACAAACGGAAAUGGAGGGGAAUUGUAUACAAGAAAGAGAUAAGAAAGGUCGGUUCAAGAAAGCCUCGUCUACUGCUACUAUAACCAUUAGCACAUGUACCGAUGAAAAUAACAACCACCCUGACUUCAUCGAUGUCAACAGCGAAGAUCCACUAGCACAGGUAGAUGAAUAUGAUGAAAAUAAAGAGACAUCUGACCUGUUCCAAGGCAGAAGAGUUGUUGAAUUUUCAAUUCUGGUGGAUCAUUUGCAAAGAGGGUGCUUUCUGUGUCAUACGCCUUUGGAUCUUGUUGACAGUGAGAAAGAGAGACGUUAUGGACUAGCCAGCUUACUGUAUGUGAGAUGCAGGAAGUGCGACGAACUGACGAUCAUUCCAACUGGUAAACGACACAAUAUAGGUCAGAAUGGUCAAGGUCCUUUUGAUAUCAACACCAAACUUGCUGUAGGAAUCUACCCUAUGGGAAAUACCUUUCGGAUAAAGAACUCCACCAUGAUCUUGUGAAAAUCUUCACAUUGUAUGCAGAACAAUAUGACAGACUUUCUUCAUUAGAGAGCAC